AAGUGGACGGACAAGAUGAGUGCAAAUCUUUCAUUGAACGGCUAUGUGCUUUCCAAUAAACUGUUGAUCGGUAUGGGCGUCAGCCUGAUUGCUGUAGGAGGCGCCGGCUACCUGGUUUAUCGRCACUUGCAUCGCGAUGUGAUGCCAUYGAAAUGGAGACGAGUCGGGAAAUUGCAACGGGUGAAUGUGUUCCCAGUCAAGUCGUGUGCUCCAUUGGWGGUWGACCCCCAACAGGAAUACGAUUGUGACGUGCUUGGCAUUGGCAUUGGAAAUGUGCGGGAUCGCAAAUUCAUGUUAGUCAAUGAUAAUAAUGAAAUGAUAACCGCCAGAGGUUAUCCGCAUAUGGUUAAAAUUCAGCCAAAGGCGCUGCCUAAUGGGUUGGUGUUCAGUGCACCUGGAAUGCCCGACUUGGAACUGGAUUUCCGUCACUUGGAGUCGCCCUCUAAGGACGUACGCACUUCCGUUUGGGGCGUGGCAAUAGACGUGAUGCUGUGCGGCAGCCGCUUUGACAAAUGGUUCUCACAGUUCAUACUUAAGGAGGAUUCGGGCCUAAAGCUUGUAUACUAUCCAUAUCCAGGACCAGUGCGUGCCACUAAUCCACGACUUAGGCAUAUGCCUUAUAUAAAACAGGCCGACUCGGGCACACUCAAUGAUGCAACUAGCUAUAUGCUCAUGAAUUUAGCUUCAAUAGAUGAUUUAAAUACUCGGUUGAAGACUCCGGUGGAUCCAUUGCAAUUCCGUGGAAACUUUGAAUUAAAAAUGGAUGUUGAUGACCCGUACAGUGAAGACCACUGGCAGUGGAUUCGCAUUGGCAACGAUGCCGUUUUUCGUAUAGUUGCACCUUGCACCAGGUGCAUCUUUCCAAAUAUUAAUGUUCAAACGGCUGAGCGGAAUGCCGAUGGUGAGCCGCUAAAAACAUUGCGCAGCUAUCGACUGUUUAACUAUGCCUCUCCAGCGCUGGGUAUACAUUUGGGUCUACGGCAAGCAGGAAGCGUUAAGGUUAAUGAUGUUAUUUACGUAGAAGACAAGUGAAACUGGACCUGGUAACUGAGGAUAUACACUUUAUAUACAUACAUUUUUAUUCCAUAUAACAGAGAUUAUUGAUAGUACGAAACUUUGUAUAUGAUAGUAAUAAUAAUAAACAUUGCUGCAACAAC